UUCAAAAUGGCCGUUUUACGUUUGUGUUUGUUUACAAAAUCUUAGACAGGAUUUUUUGCUUUUAGCCUUCCCUUCUCACCAAGAGGCAGGUGAGAUAAAGUAUGAGCCGUGCCCGAAGGACGUCUAAUAAGAGGAAACAUGAGUCAGAAAAUGAAAGGCCAACUAGAAAAUCUGCCCGACUCAGCAAUGCACGAAACGGUACUUUGCAGUCAACAUCCUUUGAAAUUGGGAAAACGACAGAAAAACAUCAGAGGCAUUUGGGAACCUCUCCAGUGAUUACUCGCAGUAGAAAAAGAACUAGAAGCCAUUACCUAUACUGUCCCAAACCAGAGGCAAUUGUCAUUUCCGAUGACAGCAGUGAUUCAACAGAUGAUAAUUGUGUGAAGGCUUUGACAUACUCAAGUUCAGACAGCAAUGCUAAGGUUUUGACAAGACACAGUUUUCAUGGAAGAGUGCUUCGUAAGCAAAAGGUGAAUGAUGUCAGAAUAUCUGAGAAAGAGUGUGUAGAAAUAUCUGCCAAAGUUAAGAGGCGGGGUGCUUCAGGUCAAAACCGCUAUAAAUUGAGAAAGGAUAAAAGCGUCGAAACAUUGAAUGUGGACAAAGAAAGGAAAAUUGCAAAGUCAAAAAACUCGAGGAAAAAACAACUUGGAAAUGGAUGCGCCUCUGAAGAAGUGCGCAAAAGUACCUUCAGUUGUAAGUACAAUUUACGAAAGAGCCCUCGACUGGCAGCGACCGUCAAUGUAACACCUGAUACAUCAAGGCUUAACGAGGAGAAUGAAAUCGUUAGGGAAGAACAGAAAGCAGUUAUCAAAGUUAGACAAAUCCUUGAAGAACCUGCAAAAAUAUUCACGAGCAGCGUCGUCUUGAGUGACGUUAUCCACGAAAGGUGUUAUCAUUUGAGAAGACGAACAAGUCCCGCGAACGUUGAAAACGUUAGCGAAACAUCAAAAAUCAGCGAGAAAAAAGCGAAGAAUAAAACCCCGAAAACAAAACUCAACGAACCGAGAUAUGAAAAUAUUGAAAAGCACUCCGGCACUGAUGUGGAGAAAGUCAAACCUCGGGUGCUGACGCAAUUUACCUGCGCAUCAUCAUCAAAUCCCUCCUUCGUGAACAAGGGGCAAGAAAGGGCCGUUAAAAAGACGAAAGUAAAGAAGAAAGGUACGCUGGCUCGGAAGAAAGAACUCCGAGCGUUGUUGGAAAAACAAGAUGAAGGUUAUGAAGACGAUGCAUUUGAGGGAACGCCAUUCAGAUACAGAAAGCGACUUUCCAAGUGCAAAGUGUCCCCAGUCGUUUUGGACACGAGCAUACGAUGUAUAAACACAGAUUCAGAUCUCAAGACACCGUUCAGUAAGACUCCAGUGAAUCGUCUUCGACCUGCUGGUCCGCUGUCAUCUGGAACUUCCGAGAGCGACACAAUGACCCCUGGUUUAUUGAAAAGCGUUAAUCGAAACUAUAUUGAUUGUUACGUAAAUCAGUUGAAAAGAAGAAAAAUUCAUCUAGGGUGUAACAAGGUGAAAUCUCGCACGCCUUUGUCUAAGAAACCCUUCAGAAUUAUGCAAAGCAAGUCGUUUGACUUUCUCACCAAUGAUAUUGUCAAAAGAUCUACGAUGGAAAGUGAAAAUUGCGAGGAUGAUUACUAUUGGUCUGAUGCAGAAUAGUCUGAACCAAGAAGGGGGUGGACCAUUGGGUGGUGAUGGGACGGACCAUCACCAGAUCAAUCAUGGCCCCUAUAACCAUAGCCUCCCCCCAUAAGCCCUUUCUCAGAUAACCCACCAAAUUUGUCUUAUCCACACCCUUUUGGCUCUGGUGAUGGUAGACUUCUUGAAUGGUAAAGUAAAAAACCUCUUUCCCUUUGGCCCUUUACCAUCUCAGGGUCUCCAAAAUGAAGGGUCUGCAGAGUGGUCCAUCCCUGGUAUAAUAGUAAUUUUAAAAGUCACGAUAUUUUUUAUCGAUAAAAAUAUAUAUAUACUCUAAUGUUAUUUAUAUGCAUUCAUAUUCCAAUUAA